GGCACGUAUGCGUUGUUUCUGCCAGCAGGCGCAGAUGAGAGCGUGAACUUUAUCAAUCAGUUCUUAAUACCUACGCAGGAUCAUGUCGGUAGUCGAUCAUGUUUAAACGAUUAAUGUUUGGGUUGUUGUCAGUCAGUGUAGUUAGUUCAAAUGUGUAGACUACUGUUUUUUUUUGCCUUUUGAUAAGAUGUUUACGAUGUAGCGUCAGAUAGUUUUGGUUUUGGUUAGGGGACGUGGUUUGUUGCGACUACUUUAUACAGCAAGUUAAACAUCUACAAAUGUUGACAAGACGCGACACGCAGACCUGAGGAAUCGCAGACUGUUUUCUUUUCUCUUCGGAUCAAAAUAUCCAGUGACUGAGAAUAUCUACUGGAUGCGAUGGUUUGACCUAAUGCAUUUAAAAAAUGGCUGGGAUAGCGUGGUAUCAAAAAAAGAUUGGAGCCUACGAUCAGCAGAUUUGGGAAAAGUCACUAGAACAAACUGAGCUCAAGGGCAUUGGUCACAAGCCAAGAAAGACUGGCCAUAUCAAGCCUGACCUUAUUGAUGUUGACCUAGUAAGAGGUUCCACGUUUAGCAAGGCCAAACCGGAGAGCCCUUGGACCGCUAUUACCCGUAAAGGAUUGGUCAGGGUCCUUUUCUUUCCUUUCUUCUUUCAGUGGUGGAUCCAAGUUACAUCAAAAUGUAUCUCCACCUGUAUCUUGGUCCUGUACUUUCUUCAAGUGGCAGGAGCUGUGUUGUAUUUUGAGGUACCAGCAGCCAGUGCCAGUGAAGUGGUGGGUCCAUUGUGUCUCAUGCUUUUGUUGGGGACAGUGCAUUGCCAAAUCGUGUCCACACAAUCCUCCAGAAGUCCAGACAACAGUCCUGUCUCCAGCCGGGCAGCCAGCCCUGUUCGCAGGAAAAGGCAGAAAAAGGGGAGAAAAUCAAAAAAAUCCGACGAUGAGGGGAGCAAAGCGGGGGGGUUAGUAGAAGGCAAACCCUGGCUGCUUGAAGACAACCAUCGGGUCUACAGAUCUGAGAAGAAACUGACCUCUUUAAGACCUCGUGAUGGGGCUUCUGAUGACCUCUCCAGUGAGGACGAGGAUGCAGAUGAAGCAGAUCUGCACAGAGACAAGCUUUUCUCAUCAGCACCCCCCAAAUACGCCCCAGCACUGAGAAAUAGACUUCACAGUGUCCCCAAGAACCACCAAACACCCCAAGCCCAGCCUCAGGAAAAUUACAUGAAAAAAGACACCCCAGCGCUGCCACAUGAAGUCGAGCAUCUACGGCCAUCGGAGGACUCACGCCCAGCCUCAGAUACUGAUGACAUGUUAUGGGAGGAACUUCUACAGGAUCCUGACUCCGCCUCCACAGCAAGCAGCAACAGUGAGGAGGAGGAGCCUCACAGUCUUAGCCACUCCCUUCCUCUGCCCAACAUAACUCUCAGUAGUGAUGAGGAGGAGGAGGAGUCCUUACCGCAGCACCAGUUCUCAUGGCUGCAGGCUUGUCAUCCCUCAAAAGACCGCGUCAGUGCUAUUUUCUGGGAGCAUGGAGAAUGCAAGAAAGCAGACAUGUCUGUGCUGGAGAUCAGUGGUAUCAUUCUAGCCAGAGUGAAGGUGGUGGAACAAGGAAUGGGAUAUCUGAUUUUAGGCAGCAUGGCCACUGCUUGUCUGGCCCUACUGCCUUACUGCUUCAGACUAGCACAGAAACUUAAUGUUGCCAAUUUCAGUUCAGUUUCUCUUGAGCAUCUCCCAGCAGUAGCCGUCGGGCCCUGUGGUGCCUUAUCAUAUGCAUUCUUCAUCAUCACAACAGUGGAGAGAGGUGUCCUUUCUGGACUCUUCUUCUUUAUGAUGUGUGUGGCAGAAAGGACAUAUAAACAGCGGCUUCUCUUUGCCAAACUCUUCAGCCAUCUCACUUCAGCACGUAAAGCAAAAAAAUCUGAGAUUCCUCACUUUCGACUGAAGAAAGUACAAAAUAUCAAGAUGUGGCUUUCACUACGGUCGUUCCUGAAGAGGCGAGGACCUCAGCGAUCGGUCGAUGUUAUUGUAUCAUCAGUUUUUCUACUGGCUUUGUCCAUUGCGUUCAUCAUCUGUGCUCAGCUUUUACACUGUCACCACACAUUCCUGGACUCAGAAACCAACUGGGAGCUGAUGGUCUGGUGUGCUGCUCUCAUGGUUUUCUUGCUCCGACUGGCUACUCUCGGGGCAGAGACCAACCGAAAGUACAGUAAUGCUUCUGUGCUCCUGACUGAACAGAUAAACUUGUAUUUAAAAAUGGAGAAGAAACCCAACAAAAAGGAUCAGCUGAACAUAGUGAACAAUGUUUUAAGAUUGGCCACGAAGUUAUUGAAAGAAUUGGACGCUCCGUUUCGUCUGCUCGGUCUGACUGUGAACCCACUCCUCUACAAUAUCACAAGAGUAGUCAUUCUCUCUGCAGUUUCAGCUGCGGUCAGCGAUUUACUGGGGUUCAACAUCCGGCUCUGGAAGAUCAAAACCUAAUGUGAUGCCACUACACUGCAAGAGUCUUAACACUGGGACCAGGGAAACUUCUAAGUGGGCUUUUGCACAACCUCAGAUGACCAUGUUAUGCCUCUUUAAAAACUGUGCAAAUCUACUGACCAAACACGUGCUUGGCUCCAUGUCCUCUGACAAUGGCCAGACCAAAAACCUGUGUUUAACUCAACUUGGCUUUUGAGAUAUUCCCUUACAUUUGAUUUUUAAAAGUGUAAAGCACAACCACACUUAAAUCUCUUUUCUGGAUGCAAUAACGUUUUUGAUGCACUUUCUGUCAUAUCUGUAACUAUUUAAACGCUUGAUGUAUUUUUCAAAUACUCCCAAAAAUGUAUUAUUUGUCUUGUUUAGAAGCAAACCACUAUGUGCCUUGUGAAUAAUUCCAUGCAACAGUAAUUUUACAUGAGGUAUUUACAAAACAGAUUUGUUGACUGAACGGGCAAUUGAAUUAAAGUUUUGAGUUGUUUAAGGGUACUAAAAACCUUGCACACGUAAGCUUCUGAGGAUGCAUUAUGAUCAAGGGCAUUAGAUUAAAAUAAAUAAUCUUUUUCUAACUCGAAAUUAUUCUUAAGAUGAUGUGUUAACAUCCUUGAAUUUCACUAAAUGAAGAUCUGUAAAUCUGUAAUGCUAAGAGUCUAAUAGUGACUAAAAUUAUUUAAUCAUUUUGUAAAUGAUUUUUGACAGUUUUUUACGUUUUAUUUUCAGGUUUGAAAAUAAAAAAUAAAAUUUC